AUGGCUUCAAGAACGUGGGAUCCGACACGGGCAGCUUGGCUGUACCCUCUUCGGGGCAUCCACUACUUUGCGACACACCGCUUCCUCUGGCCCUUAUUCAAGGCACGACUUGCGCCUAUCGUGCUUCUUUCGAGCUUCAUAUACUUCCUUCUGUUUUUCUUCACAUACCUCCCCCAGGUAGCCUUCUUGAGCAUCUUCCAGGGAGCAGGAGCAUGGGUGAACGGUGCAUUCCUGGUGCUGGGCGAAGGAGCCGCGAUUGUGGCUGCAUUGUUCGAGGCAUUCUUCGUUGACGAAACAUUGGUGGACGUGUUCGACUCCGUCCUUGUGAACGAGGGCCAAGAGCAGCUUGUGCUCGCCUCGCGGGUGAUUUAUCCCGAGGCUGGUGACCCGACCAGCCGUCUCGGCACACCGACGACUAGUGCAGUAUAUGCGCCAUUUUCUUUGCGACAGAUUCUCGAAUUCAUCAUUCUGCUGCCAUUGAAUUUCAUUCCUGUGGCUGGAACACCAAUGUUCUUGAUCCUCACUGGCUAUCGCGCUGGGCCCUUCCACCACUGGCGGUAUUUCCAGCUCCUGGAUUUCACUAAGCAGGAGCGGAAAGCCAGCGUGAGUCGGCGGCAGUUGCAGUACACUACUUUUGGAACCGUUGCUUUGAUCCUGCAACUUAUUCCCCCCUUUUCUAUGCUCUUUUUGUUAACUACUGCGGCUGGUGCUGCGCUGUGGGCAUCCGAGCUGGAGCAGAAACGACAACUUGCUAGCCAACGACCCACACGCCUGGGCGAUGCCUAUCAUGAUGAUCUCACGGUUUAA